UCCUGCUUUUCCAUUGGCUGUGCUUUGCAUGUACAUCACAGGUGUUACUGAAACAGAGUGAAUCCAGCAGCUCUGUGUUUGAUCCUCCAUCAGCUCUUCACUGUAAUCCAGAUCUCCUAACAUGAUGCUCUGCUCCGGACUCAGCAGCACACUGUUGCUGGCAGCAACCUGUUCACUCAUCACUUCAGGCUUUAUCAGAGCACAACUUCCCGUUCCUCCUGCUGUGACGGCCAUAUCCAGAGGAAGAGUGAUCACCUUUAGCAGCCUCAGUGUUCAACGCCUGAGCUGUGAGAGGGGAGUGAUCACUGUGCAGUCAGCUGUGUACAGAUGUGCAGAUACACAAACCUGCUCUCAGACUGGCACUCAGCACAUCAAGAACAGCUGUGAUGGAAGAAAAGUGUGUGACAUAAAUAUGAACAUCAUCAGUGCUUCUGAUCCCGGCGUCUGCACCUACCUGGACAUCACCUACACCUGCGUCCCAGAGAGUCUGUUACAUGUGUGAUUAUCAGCUAAAAAUCAGUCACAUCUGUACAUGAAUCAU